CCGAUUUGGCGUGCAGUUUCCCGACGGCCUGCUGGGCAGGCAGCUGGCUAUAAGGAAUUGUGCGCAGCGUCAUCGAAUUACAUUGCUUUGUCAGGUUUCUUGCAUCUGCCCACUCCAUUUUUUUGCUCCUCGCAGCUCCGCACCGGGCGGCGCGCAACUUAGCGGCGGCCACCAUGAGACAGUGAGACACAAGCUGCUGGGUUUAGUCCCGCCCUAACCACCGCAUCAUGUUUCCCGAGAACCAUGCAGCACCAGUUCCUCCCUGGCCGGGCCAGGACCUUCCGAGAACUGCGCCCGCGCCGGCGCACAUGGCGGCGCCGAUGACGGAUGGCCGCCCAACGUCAAGCCCAGAGCGGAAUUGCCGGACCCUGCAAGGCCCCUCGGCGAAGGAAUGGGCCCGACAUCGCGACACCAUCAUCGACCUCUACAAACAGUACCCGCUCAAGCGGGUAAACGAGAUCAUGAAAAGACACCAUGGCUUCUCCGCAAGCAAGCGUAUGUAUGACAAGCGCUUUCGGGAGUGGAAUGUCUUCAAGAAUACCAAUGGCGACGAGAAAGAACGGGCCACACGACGGGCACAAGGCUCGCGGCUACCUGUGAGUCCGGGCGCCAGCAGCAACAUUAGCCAGGAAGACUUGCGCCAAACUGUACGAUGUGCCAGGACGAUCAAGCAGGACGUAAGGACAUCGCCGGCAAAUUCCACGCCGGUCAGUCCGGUCAUUCCGGUGUUGCCUUGCCCGGUUCCUCGGGCGCCUGAGAGAGGCAGCAUCAGCAUUUCGGACCUUGUCAGUCAUCCAAAUCCUGGACAGCCAACUGCCGCCAUCGAGUUGCCGAAACUUGGGAUGGCCCCCAACGCACCGGUUCCAUUACCAGAUGGCACAUGCCAGACACCCCACUCAAGCUCGGACUUGUCAGCAGAGCACACGCAGGAUCGCUCCCAGGCCCGUUCCGCGACCACCACCCCAGGGCCCAGUCUGGCCACUUACAGAGCCCAGCUGCACACCCUCGCUAAGUCUCCUCCGCCUUUGGUCGCACCCGACGCAAGGACCCGCACCAUGGACUUCAUCGCUUUGAAGCUCCGGGAGUACUUUGACUGGCAGCUAGAGAACAUCCCUGGAGGUGUGGCCCCGGAUGACUACCUAGGACGGAGAACUUCAGUCGAGUCCACACGGUAUUGGACCACCAUCAAGGAUGCUCUAUAUCUGGUCAAGAUCUCGGCCGGAUCCGUGGACGACCUUGACAACCGGCCGGAUCGGCGGGCCUGGCCGGCCUUUGCUGAGGCAGGGUGCCUUGCCGCCGAAGCCAUGAAGACACAGCCCUUCGACUUCCUUCGGAACCUCUUUGCGACCCUUUCGCCGGCCAACACCAGUGCCCGUCCGGAACUGCGAAGCAUCCUUCUCCAGUUUCUCACCAGCGAAGCGCAGAGCAGCCUCUCGCCGAAUCACCCCAUCACGCAAAUCUGCCAAGAGCUUCAACGCGAUGAUGAUUGCCAGGAAGUGUCGCGGCGCGGCCUGCAGUGCAUGCUCGACAUUUUUAACAGCCGGCUGGGCCCGUCGCGAGCCACCACCUUCAAGCUGCUCGACUCGCUCGCCACGCUUCUGCGGCGCAAUGGUGAGUUCCAUGCUGCCAUGGAGGUCAUAACGGAGCUGCUCAAAUCGUGCCGCGAGACGUUUGGGCCUGAUUCGGACGAGGCUCGGGCGGUUGAAAACGAGCUAGCGCACUUUUAUAUGUCAAUCGACGAGUGCGACCUGGCACUCGGCCACUGCAUGUCGGUCGUGACGCGCCCACCAGCAGCGAGCCAGGAGGGUAAACCCGUCUUCUACCAGGACGGCAUCUCGGCCCAUACGAUGGAAGAUAUUGCCGAGAUUCACCAGCGCCGGGGCGACAUGGAGCAGUCCAUUGCUUGGUUGGAACGCGCCGCUUCCAUUGCGCUCAGCGUGUGGGGCCCCAAGGCGGUUGCUACAGGUCACAUCAUUGACAAAAUGACCAGCCUCCAGCGACAGUUUGGCAAGGAUCUGCUGAGAAGCGCGAAGCUGUGGGAAGCCGCUCUUGAUUAGUGAAGAGCGCUACUAGUAGGCGAGGCAGACGGCCGCCUUACGCCGUACGACGCUCCUUUACCGCUGUGAGUGCAGCAUUACGUGAUACUAGCCUUGGAACUUCUGGAUACCAACAUCGUUGCGACGCCGCGGGUUUGUUGUUGGUGCGGAUGAAUCAUAAGGAUACUUAGUCCUGAACUUGGAGCAACCCAAAAGGGGUAAGGGGGACAUGUAUCUAGUUGAGAAACGGCGCGUAUUCUAGUACCGGCUCGGGCUCAAGAUACAGCGGAUCUACCUACCUAUAUCUCUUCUAAUUCAUAUCAGGAUUAUUUUUGCCAGACGAUUUCCUUC